ACAGAGGAGAACGGCCGGAGUUGAGGGUUUUCCGGGAGCUGGUGGCUGGCGUUGUGUCUGCUGCUCUGAUCGUUCAUGUCCGAUUUAUGGAUUCCUGGCUGCAGUUCGGCCACUUGGGCCGCCCUCUCUUUCUUUUUUUGGCGGUGGCCGUUGCUGUAGCCCAGGGGCAGCCGCUCCCCGAGGCUCCGGCUCCGGCUUCGGCACCGGCCGAGGCCUCCUGGGUCCGUGGGGUGAAACCGAUCGCAGUCCUUGGGGCGCCGGCGGAAGGAGGCGGGUUAGAAGCGGUCGUGGAGGACGAUGAGGCGGAAGAGAGUGUUACGAGUGGAGAAGAUCAACCCAGAUCCCUGGUUAUUGUAAGUACGAUGGAUGGGCGCGUUGUAGCAUUGGAUCCAGAGAAUCAUGGUGCCAAGCGUUGGGAACUUGAUGUAGGAGCUGGCUCUUUAGUCUCUGCCAGCCUCAGCAAGCCUGAGGUCUUUGGGAAUAAAGUAAUAAUUCCAUCCCUGGAUGGAGACCUGUUCCAGUGGGACAGAGACCGGGAGAGCAUGGAGACGGUUCCUUUUACAGUGGAAUCACUGCUGGAAUCUUCCUACCGACUUGGUGAUGAUGUGGUCUUGGUUGGAGGGAAGUCACACACAAGCUAUGGGUUGGAUGCAUACACUGGAAAGAUGCGAUAUAUCUGCUCUGCAGCAGGUUGCCGUCACUGGGAAGAGGAAACGACUGAGCAGGACUCAGACCUCUUGCUGCUGCAGCGUACACAGAAAACUGUCAGGGCUGUGGGACCUCGGUCUGGUACAGAGAAGUGGAACUUCAGUGUCGGACACUAUGAGCUGAGGUUUGUUCGAGAUGCUGCAUCGAAAAUCAACUACAUUGAGAGUAGUUCCACUGCUAGUAGUAGGAAUGGUCAAUCAGCGACCUUCUCUGAACGGGACCAGGAUACCACUGUGAAAGAUCGUAUUAUAAAGGUCUCGGUGUCGGACUGGAAGGUGAUGUCUUUUAGCAGUAAACGAGGUGGCCAACUGGAGUGGGAACACCAGUUCUGUACUCCAGUGGCAUCGGCCUGGUUAGUGGAGAAUGGGGAAGUGAUCCCGGUCAGCCUGUUUGAUGAUGCCAGCUAUUCUGCUCGCCGCAGCAGUGAGAUAGAAGACGAGGAAGAUCUGGUGGAAGCAGCGAGAGGAGCGGCAGAGUCAGCCGAGUCUGGAGUCUAUCUUGGCAUGUACAAGGGACAACUGUACAUGCAGUCAUCUGUCAGGUUGUGUGAGAAAUUCCCAUUGAUGCCCACCCUAGAGGACUACGGAGACAACAAAGUUGCAUCUUUGCCUGAUGUCAGAUGGAAGCCUCUAAUCCAUUCGCCAGCUAGAACACCCGCAUUGAUUCGGUCAGAUGAACGUGAUAAAUGUCUCAGCAAUGAUAGACAUUCUCAUGAUGAAUAUAGCAAUGGAGCGCUGUCGAUUUUACAGUAUCCAUACGAUAAUGGUUUUCAUUUGCCUUACUAUGUGCGUGAGAGAAACAAACGUGGCACCCAGGUUUCCAUCAAAUUCUUCGACUCGACCAGGAAGAAGAAAGAAAUCACAAGGAAGGACCCCAUUCUCCUGCUGGAAUGGUGGAGGGAAAUUGCUUUCACCAUCCUUGUCUGCAUUAUUGCGACUACCUAUGUGGUUCAUAAGCUUGUCCAAUAUCCAGCUUCAGUCAUGAAAAAGGAGAAAUUGGAGUUUCCAUGUCGGACUGACAGCACAAUUGAGGUGCCUGUGGGAGAAGUUAAGGUUGAUUUGAUAAAUUGCUUUGGGACUGCUGACUACGUGUCCAGGUGCCUUACUGACUUUGAAUUGGUUCAGUGUCUUGGACGCGGAGGAUUUGGUGUUGUUUUCGAGGCCAAAAACAAAGUUGAUGAUUGUAAUUAUGCUAUCAAGAGGAUACGACUCCCGAAUCGAGAUCAAGCACGGGAGAAGGUGAUGCGGGAAGUGAAGGCACUGGCUAAGCUGGAGCAUCCGGGCAUUGUCCGCUAUUUCAAUGCCUGGCUGGAGACCCCACCUGAAGGCUGGCAGGAGGAGAUGGACAAGCAGCUGCUGAAAGAUGAAGGCACUGAUUGGCCUGCGAGUUCUCCAGAUGUUCCAGGGCUUCCUGUUGGUGCAAACUGUUCAGGUAGUUCAUCUUCGCUGAAGUUCAGUUCCUACUCUGUGAUCACUACCAAACAACCUUCUUCACUGGAGCCAUGUGUGUGCUUGGACCUCCCUUCAGACUGCAGCCAAUCUUUGGAACAGCCCCAUUGUGGCCAAGAUAGUCUUUUGUCUGAGUAUGGAAGUGAAGGCAAUUCUGAGCUGGCACAUUCCUUUGAACUAUUCCCUUCAGCUGCUGGCAGUGUUGUGAAGGAGGACAGGACUACAUCCUUUGACGUGGUGUUUGAAGAUUCUGGCUGUGACCAAGCAUCUGAGCAUACACUGGACUUAGCGCCAUCGUGCUACAGUAGAAGCAGUGGUGGGAGACAAAAUUCCGUUUCUUGGGAAGAGAAAUCAGGUAGAACUGGGGGUCUGGUUUCCAAUGAUACUUUAUCACAUUCUCCACCAAGGCCCACAUCGUUAAAUCUGGGCCCGUGUAAAGACUCAGGGGAGAAAGCAAAACUACACUCACCUAAGGUUUACUUGUACAUUCAGAUGCAACUCUGCAGGAAAGAGACUCUGAAAGACUGGAUGAAUGGCCGAUGUCAGAUGGAGGACCGAGACCGGACUGAGUGUUUAAAGAUAUUUUUACAGAUGGCUGAUGCUGUCUGCUUCUUGCACUCCAAAGGAUUAAUGCACAGGGAUCUUAAGCCUUCAAAUAUUUUCUUUACUUUGGAUGAUGUGGUGAAAGUGGGUGACUUUGGGCUUGUCACUGAAAUGGACCAAGAGGAAGAAGAGGGGUCCAUACUUACACCAAUGCCAGUGUACGCUAGACACACGGGGCAAGUGGGUACUAAGCUCUAUAUGAGUCCUGAGCAGAUAUCUGGAAAUACUUACUCUCACAAAGUGGACAUCUUUUCUUUGGGCCUGAUCCUGUUUGAAUUGUUGUAUCCCUUCAGUACACAAAUGGAGAGAAUUCAGACAUUAACAGAUGUUCGCAAUUUGAAGUUUCCCUCUAAAUUUCUAGAGGACUAUCUUCAGGAGCAUGAAAUGGUGCAGAAAAUGCUUUCUCAUGAACCAGCUGAACGACCAGAGGCUGUGGACAUUGUCAACAACCCGUUCUUUGAGAGCUUUGACAUUCCUGAAAGGCAGCUGCUGAGGCAGAGGUCACGGACACUCAGCUCCAAUGGAGUCAAGACUGUGAGGGCAUCUGUCUCGUAACAUUGGACGUCAAUUGAUUCAGCCUACAGGUUCUUGAUCUCUGAUACCUUCCAUUGCAUCGUAACAAUUGAAAUCAGUAUUUGGAAAAGAUUGCAAGGCUCAUUCUGAUCGCUUACUUUGAAAUAAUUAUCAGAGUUUUUAAGGACCAAGUGACGUGAUAGUAAAGCUUCUUUUCUACUAUACUCCCAAACUGAUACCUAACGUUUAUAGAAAAUAUCUCCCCUCAGAAGAUUAUGUAUUUGAAGUAACAACAAGCGCAGAUCCACUGAUUUUGAAGGCUUAUUUUGUCUUGUGCGUCAUAGCUUCCAUUAAUUCUAUUCUAUAAGCACAUACUGUGCAUUCCUUUAGUGGCUACACCUGCACAGUAGAUCAGAUGCAUGUAUUUCAAGAGAAAGUCAGAACUGGAAUUUAAUCUGCUGAGAGGGCUGCUUGGUGUUUGCAGUACUCCUAACUUCAUUGCAACUUUAUCGAAGGGCAUUUGUCCAACUUUCAGCUGUAAGCCUGUAUUUUUGGAAAUUGAAACAUCGCAAUGUGGUUUUCAGUCAUGAUUUGAAAGCAUCACCUGGCCCUUAUUCACAAGCUUUUGGGAAUUGGCCUGACUGUAUGUGGUGAAUGAUGGAGUUAGAAUGUAUUUGGAGUGCUGUGACAGCACAAUGGCAUAAAUACAUCAAUUAUUAAUCAAAAAUCAUGCUGUGCAAAUUUCAUAGUGAGUGGGCAAUUUGUAUUCUUAACAAUGCAAACUAGAUCUUUACAUUUGACGUUGUGUUUACAUUACUGUACAGACUAAAGAUAUUUAAUUUCUUGUACUAUAAGUAUGUUCUUUGAAUUCCUGACCAGCUAAAAAUAGGUGAACAUUCAGAAAUUUCCCCAUGUUGUCACAACGCUUCUUUCACCAGCUCUUCAAUGUUUCAAAGGGUAAUGAUUUAGUUCUGUGCAGUACUGAAUGCUAAAGGAAAGAAGAUUCCAACCUCCAUUUCCAUGGGUGUUCGGUUAGCUGCACUUAAUUGUGAUUCUGCUAUUUCAGCAAGUUUUUGGUUAUUCCAGGAAAAUAUCAAUGUUAUUUACACCUGAUUGGCAGAAGGCAUAUCCUGUGCUCAUACUUUCAUUGCAGCUAUAGAGAGUAGUUGUUUGGACUACUGGUUUAUCGUGCACCAUUAAGAUACAGUGCAAAACUCUGACUCUGUUACUUUGUCUUAUCUUGUCAUGUCAUCUCGGUUCAUUUUAGAACGUGUUGUCCCUGUUGAGUAUCUAAAACCAAUUUUGUUUAAUUUCUCUAAUUUCCUAAGCAGUUUUCAGCAUUGUAGAUUCAACACCAACUUAAAAACUACUGAGCAGAAUGCUUAUUAUAGGUCUGUCAAUCUAAUUAUUCCUCCAGGCCCUUAUCAGAUUAUUAUAUAAUUUUGUGUACUCUUUAAAGGAGUGGAAUUGUAUUGCUGUGUUUAAAAAAUUUGUUAAAAUCUUGUCAGAUCUACAUAUCUGUAUUGUACCAUUUUAAAUUAGCUGUCAUUUUGGCUCAUUAUAUAGUGAUCCAUUUAGUGUUUUUUUCCAACCCGGGAGAAAAGAGCUGUUUAAUGUGUGGAUUGUAACCAGUUUAAAAAAAACAACCACUCUAUCUUUCUCAAAUAUACUUGCACGCCAUUAAUUAUGUCAGCUUCCAUCAGCAGUAUACAAAAACACUGAGAUAAGAUCUGAAUAAUGAAAGACUGUUGUGAAAGAUUAGAAAUGGGAUCAGUUAAGUGGUGCUGGAGUUAGCACAUGCAGGUCAAUAGGCUACCAGAUUGGUGU